CUUAUCGAAGCGAUUAACCUGAAAGCCGUGCCUACAAUGAACCACAAUGGAGUCUAAACAGGAGAAUUCAAACCAUUUAAUGUAGUUAUAACUCGUAUAAAUCUUUUUAUUAGUUACUUUAUGUACUUACCUACAUUUUUAGUCAACAGUCUGGCGUGUAACUUCCGCUAACAAAACUAUUUGUGGACUGAGAGCUGAAGUUCUUCCUUUUUAGGCUAAGUGUCCUGAGCAAGGAAAUCGUCUGAGCUUGCUAUGUAGCAAGCUAAUCUCAUUUUGCCAUCCUUAAGCUUAGUUAUCCCUCUUCCAGACAAAACACAAACAAGCUGCCGUCCACCUCCCUCCAGGCAUGACCGAGUACAAGCUGGUGGUGGUGGGGGCAGGAGGUGUGGGGAAGAGCGCCCUCACCAUCCAGCUCAUCCAGAACCACUUCGUCGACGAGUAUGACCCCACUAUAGAGGACUCCUACAGGAAGCAGGUGGUGAUUGACGGGGAGACGUGUCUGCUGGACAUUCUGGACACUGCAGGUCAGGAGGAGUACAGCGCCAUGAGGGACCAGUACAUGAGGACAGGAGAGGGCUUCCUCUGUGUCUUUGCCAUAAAUAACAGCAAGUCCUUCGAAGACGUCCAUCUUUACAGAGAGCAGAUCAACAGGGUGAAGGACAGCGACAGCGUUCCCAUGGUGCUGGUGGGGAACAAGAGUGACCUGGGUUCUCGGAGUGUGGAGACGCGGCAGGCGCAGGAGCUGGCCCGGAGUUACGGAGUUCCCUUCGUGGAGACGUCUGCCAAAACCAGACAGGGCGUAGAGGAAGCGUUCUACUCUCUUGUGCGGGAGAUUAGGAGAUAUAAGGAGACCAACCGCAGCAAUAAGAAGAGCAAGAAGAGCACUCAGAGACGCUGCAUAAUACUAUAGUACAUACACUUUAUACACCAACAGCAACCACCGCCCCGCAGCACUUGUUCUGUCCUCCUCCUCCUCCGUCACCUCGGAGGCGGCCGGCGCCACUGGACCAUGAAGCAGACAUGGCAAAAUCCUCUUUUGACAUAAAGUUGUCACAGCUUCCACUUAAAUGGCCUGACAAGCUCGCAUUUACUCACCCAGUGGGCAGCGGCCAUUUCCUGCUGUGAAUUGUUGAUUUUUUAUUUUUUUUUUAAUUCUUUUUGUGAUCACUGAGCAACUAAUAGGUGCAGUUUUCAUUUUUGUAGUGAAUUUUGUUUUUUACUUUACACAUUUAUGAAUGCUUACUGUUAGCCUGUGGUUGGUAGAUAUUUGGCCAAGAGCUUUGAAUCAGAAUUUGUUUGGAAAGUUAAUUCGCAUUUGUGUAGCAGUUUCAACUUUAAAGAGACAGUGUUUUUUUUUUUUUUUUUUUGUUGUUGUUUUUUUUUUUUUUUAGGCCUUUUUUGUUGACUUUAGAGGGUGUAUAGCAUAAUUGAACACUGCAACACAGUGUUUUUGGGAGGUGAAAUCUCUCAUUAUCCUGUAAUUACUUGUCAAAAUUCUGAGAUCAUGAAAAUCCCAAACAAGAAAUAGAUUGGACUGGUCGCAACAGUGGGACGAAUAUAUCUUCAUUUUCCUGUGAAAAUCCAAACAGCCAAAAAGUGAAGUUUGUUUCACCUCGUACAGUCAUGUCAGAAACAUUUCACAAUCCUCAAGAUAAGAUUUCUUUACACCACACAGGAAGUUUGUCAGCUGUAAAUGCUGCAGCAGUGCAGGAUCACCACGGUAACACAGUUCUACUUUAUACUCACAAACUGGGCUCCAGUCUCCUCGCUGCACUUUAUCCAUUUGCUGUCGUGUCGUGGUGUUGUUCCAGUUUUAAAGGUUUACUCAGGAACAUGAUGUCGUAUCAGGAACUAGUGAAUAACGGCUGGAAGCUGUGAAACGAGCGGCUGUGAUCUCAUGGCACUCUUGUCAUUGUAUUUUUUUCAGUCAUGCCAGUUGAUUUCGUCACCUCGGUUGUUUGGGCCGCACUGUCACAUUUUAUUCCAGAGUUGACCUUUAAUGUGUUUCAAGCCGUGUCUGAAUUCUGUUUGAUACACACACACACACACACACUGCUUGCUGCAAAGCACUGUUCAUACCUACCGUGCCGUAUACUAGAGCAUGUAAACACACAGGUGCAAUGUAGUGAAUUCUUGUCACACUGAUGCUCAGAUAGCAUUACAUUUACUUUGACUGAUGUGACAGAUUUCCUUUUUAAGUUCAGCAGGUCCUCGAGAAAUGAAAAACAUGUCUGGAUGAUGAGUCUGUUCAACAGAUCAAUAGAUUUUUUUAAACUGGUGUUUGUCUGACCUGUAAUAUAACGGGUUGAUAAUUUCUAUUUUUGUAGCAUUACAAGCAACUCCCCAUGAUCUAAAAUCAGUGACAGUUGCAAUCCUAUCGAUACAGCUUGAAUAAGAAGCUCAGUUCAGCUGAGUCAUGCCAACAGGAGUCAGUCACACUUCACUGGGGUUGUACACCUGGUUGCUGCCAAAUGCUGGUCUCACAUCACACUGUCUCUAUCUCAAAUCAAGAUGUGAUUUCAUUUUUAAAAUAUGGAAACGUGUCAAAAUGUUAUCUGCCAACAGUUGGCCGGGUGGUUGAAGACAAAAAGUCUGUAUGCUCUCAGCUGUUGUGAGGAUCUCAAGCUUUCAUGUCCUCGCUGUGCUGUUUCUUUAGAGCUGGAUGUUUUGCUGCUUAGGGCUUGUGAAGAUCAGUUUUAUUUUUUCCACAAAGGGGCAGCAGGAUGUGCAAAUACAACAGCCUGGACAGUGAAGCGUCCAUUUGCACCAGUGUAAAAAGAUCGGUGUAGUAAAAGGAUGAGGUCCUCGCAUCAUCUUUUGUCGGUGGCCCAGAAAAAGGCAGAACGCACAGUGGAUCUGAUCACUGAGGGUUUUCUGCUUGUGCAAAUGCAGCUCCGAGGUCCCAACUCAGUGGAGGGGAAGGAGCAAGUUUGUGACUGAGACGAUGAAGAAAGUAGUUCUCAAUGAGCGUUUUGAUAUUAAGUUGUGACUGAGUAACAAUGUGAGGGAGGCCAAGUGUGUGCAGACUGAAGUUUAAUGGUCCAUUCAGCGUUACUCUGUCUUCCACACAAUGAUGGACAAAUUGUAUGUCACUUUGCAAGCUUGAUGCUUGAAAAAUGAAAUACAAUUAAACUUAAUGUUUGACGCUCUCAAACGUUUAGUUUUUUAAAAAUAUGCCAUUUUCAUUUUGUAAUAUCAAAUUGUAUGAAAGUGGCAAAAUGUUCCAACACUGUAUUCCAUUCUUUUUGCAACUCAGACACGUUUUAAACCACUUGUCAGCUUUUUAAGUGUUGAUGGAGAAUUUUAUGUUCAACGCAUACAGUGUAAAUAAAUCCUGCCAGGUUGUUGCCAUGGUUACACCACUUUUCAUGUCUUUUGGAGUUAGAAUAUUCUUAAAUAAAGAGCAGUUUGGCUAA